AUGGCUUCGCCGUGUGUAGUGAAGGAUUCAGGGGGCGAGUACUUUUGUAUUCUCGAGGAAGCUUGUGAAGAAUACCUCAACAGACUCUGGCCUGACUGGAAGACAAGUGAUCGAACAUACAUGUUCCCUCCAGCUUUCUCAUUCCGUUAUAUAGCCCCAACCGGUGCAGCAUCCGGUGCUGUAGGACUUAAGAAGUCUGAGGAAUCUGACAUGAAGGGAGAUUCAGCCGAGUUACGGAUAUUUAGGACCCUUGAUAAAUAUGGGACAGAAACGAAUCAGCCAAUGUUCGUCAUAACGAAAUUUGAAUUUCAAGAAUUCAUUGAUCAAGUCCUCCUACAAAACCUCUCAAGCGAAUAUGUUCAAUCUCUGUUUGCCGAUCUCAGCGAAACGCGGGAUCUUUCUCGAGAAAUAGAUUUUCUCAUCGUACACCGGCGUAUUGGUGUCAUACUCAUCGAAGUGAAAGCCACAGAAAAGUUCAAAACAAAUCGGUAUCUUGAUGCGAAAAGACAGCUUGAAGUUGGAGAAAAAUUUGUUAAAGCACUUUUGACAGCAAAGGACUUAGACAUUCCUGUCAAAAGAGUCAUUGCAAUGCCAAACGUCGUCGAUGAGGGACGUAAUGCUAAUAAUUUUAUUGACCUCCGAAAGAUUCAUCUUGGUAAUAUGCAACGUUUCAAGAUGUGGUGGGAAGAGCAUUUCACUGAGGGGUCUUUUGAGGAAGAAAUAAAGAAGCUAUUGAGCUUGAUUUCCGUAUUUGUAGGUCAGAGAAGUUCAAUAAGCGCCACAACCCAGAUACUCAGUGGAGUGUUUAAAACAAUUGAUGAGCAAAACUUUCUUGCACAAAGCCACGCGAAGAUGACAAGAAAGGGAGCUAGUGGGUCUCCUGUGGUGGUAAGGCCAGCUGAUCACACAGGUCUGAGAAUUCUGGCAAAACAGUUCAUGUUCUUAAACAUGGAGCAACUGGGCAUAUGGGAAGGACCAUUACACCAGCUCUUUUGUGGCGCCCCAGGAAGUGGAAAGACGAUUCUACUCCAAUACAAAGCACUUGAAUGUGCGAAGAAGAAUGAAAUGGUACUUAUAAUGGUACCCCCGCCACUUGAUAUGCUCUACAAGGAAUUCUUCACAAGAAACGAAAUUGCCAAUGGAAUGGUUACUAUCGUAACGUUUGACAGCAUCGAAUCCUUUCUCUCUCAGGCCCUACAAAAGCCAAAGAAACCAGUCCAUGUCUUUAUUGAUGAAUUUCAGCUACUGCUUUUCACAAAUGAGAAAAUACUAAGUCAAAUCACAACACUCUUGACUCGUUAUCAGGGUACCUCNAACAUAUAAUUAAAACCGCUUCCUCGUGCAUGUCCCGCCUUGGCCAGAUAAACCGUGUCAAGCAUGUCUUCGACAAACGUACACUUUUGAUGAUUAUUAAUUCCUUAGUUUUUAGCAGGUUAUUUUAUUGCUCCAAUGUUUGGUCAAAUACCUCAAAAUGUAAUGUCAACAAGUUACAGGCAGUGCAGAACUUCGCAUGCCGCAUUGUUAGCGGCGCGCGUAAAUUUGACCAUGUUACACCAAUUCGCAAGGAGCUAAAUUGGCUUUCAGUUCCCAGUCAGCUUUAUUACCGGAACGCUACAAUGGCUUUUAAAUGUAUGACCGGUCAAGCCCCUGAAUACCUUACAUCAAAAUUCAUAAAGCGAGCAGAGGUUAGCCGACGUAGCACCAGAAAUUCACAGCUUUUACAAAUUCCCUUUUUUAGAACAGCUGCCGGUCAGAGAACAUUUUUCUAUAGAACUGUGAACUUAUGGAACUCCCUAGACAAUUCCUUUAAACUGUGUAACUCGAUUGAUGUUUUUAAAACUCGUUUACGUACUAAAUUACUUAAAGAAUUGUAAUUUUAUAUAUAUUUUAAAACAUUUCUUAAUUGUAAAUAGGAUCAUGUAUUGUCUUUGAAAAGCCCCUUGGGAAAGUCAAUAAAGUAUGUAUGUAUGUAUGUAUGUUGGUUUCGUACAUAUCCUGGACCUCCUUCCCCUAGAGGAGCAACUGCAUUUUGGAAACAAUACUGGCGUCAUCCAGUCUAUCUUGGCCACCAUGUUUGUGGACCCCAAGUCAUUGUAGAGGGGGGAAAAAGUUAUGCAUCACGUGAAGAACGAUUUGUCGAGUGUUCUAAGAUCAUCAAGAAUGAGAUCAAUAAAUGGGCAAAGGAACAGGAUGGAGUUUUUUCCUAUUGGAAAGUUGCUGUCCUGGUCACUAAUCCAUGGUGGAUUAACAAUCUCUGUUCCUGUAUAACUCAGGAAAGAAUCCCAGUUUGUCGCAUUGGAGGUGAGGAAAAUGCAGUUGUUUUGGAUGAUGCAGAUUAUGCUAGAUCAUAUGAGUGGCCAGUAGUUAUUGUUAUUUGUGACAAGUUGAGAAGACGGCUGAACUACAUCCCAGCAUCAAGGGCAGUGUGUCGCUUAUUAGUUCUUUAUUCAGAGAAGUAA